AUGAGAGUUAUCUUAUUGGAUAAAAAAUUAAAAUAUAUGUUAUUUUUCUCUUGUGAUUUUAGUUUCAUUCAUCAGAUGAGAUUUAAUUGGNCAUUCAGUUCUUAAAACAAAGCAUCAAAUUUAUCGUAUAAUAAAACUAAUGCUCCUAAUUCUACUUCUAGACAUUAUUUAACUGAACAAGAAUAGUAUUUUAUCGAUAAUAUGUAAAAAUGUUAAGAUGAGUUAGAUAAUUUCAUUAAUAAAUUAAAAUCAAAUUUAUCAAAAGAAAAUGAAGAAAUUGAAAAGAUAAUUCGAUUUUAUGAAAACGUUCUUUAUCCAACACCAAAAAGUAGAGCUCUUGAAAUGAAAUAAAUAUCUACUUCAAGUCUAAUUAGCACAAAAUUAACUAAGAUAUUAGGAAAGUAAUAUCCAGCAGAUACUUAAACACCAAAAGCUUAUGUUCCUUAAGAAAAGAAAAUGUUACACAAAAUACCACCCUUAUUACAUCUAAAUAUACCUUCUUUAUAAGCUAAAUAUAGAUUAAAUAGAAGUUAGCUUUAUGCUUUUUUUUCACUUUAUAAAGUAUUGCAUCUUAUUUCAGGAUAUAUGAAAAUAAAAAGUAAAUAAUUAUAAGUUGAAGGAAUUACUUAUGAAGUCUAUAGAAAUGGAAUUGAAACUAUUUAGGAUUAAGCAGAAAAUAUGGCAAGGGGAAUAUUUGAUAUAAUAGAUAGUCGUUGUUCAGGUUUUUUAGAUUGGGGAUAAUUUUUAUAUUUAAUGAGUUCAGUAUAAGCUAAAACAAGAGAUCAAAGGAUUGAUUUAUUUAUUAAAAUAGCAGAUUCAAAUAAGGAUGGCUAACUAUCUUAUUAAGAAGUUGUUAGAUUGAGUUAAUAAACAUUAUAGAAGUUCAUUAAAAAUGGAAAUAGAGAAUUUUUGGAUGAAAUGUCAUAAUUUUUCUCCAAAAUUAUUUUUGAUUCUGUUGGAGUAGAUUAUCAAUAAGAAAUUCAAUUUAAUUAGCUAAAAGAAGUAAUAAAUUAAGGACAUCCUAAUUCAGACUUAUUAUGUAUGUUUUGUGGAGCAGACUCUUGA